CCAUUAUUCCUUUUAUCUAAAAUUCCCACCGAAAGCUUUCUCUCUUUAGAAGACAAACCCCACCACCCCCACCACCCAAAAAAAAAAAAAAACAUGCAACAAGAAAACUUGCUAGAAAACUUGGAUUUUUGCCAUUAUUUGGCCAAAAAUAUAUCAUCAAGUGAUAAUAAUAUGAUGGGAGAAUAUGGUUUUGAUAUUCCAACUAUUAAAAGCUUUUGUAGUUCCUCGUUUUACCCUCAUCAUGUGGAAUUUCAAGAAACUAUAGAGAGUACUACCCCAGAGGCUAGAGCUAAGAAUCAUAAAGAAGCUGAAAGAAGAAGAAGAGAGAAGAUUAAUUCUCAUCUUGAAAGACUCAGAACCCUACUUUCCUGCAAUUCUAAAACAGAUAAAGCUUCUUUACUAGCCAAAGUGGUUCAACGUGUGAGGGAGCUCAGAGAACAAACUUCACAAAUCAUGAAACUUGAAACAAACUUCCCUUCUGAAACUGAUGAAAUCACUGUGCUCUCAUCAAAUGAUUUUUUAGCUGAUGGAAGAUUACUCAUUAAGGCAUCCUUUUGUUGCGAGGAUCGAUUCAAUCUCAUCCCUGACCUAACCGGAACCCUAAAAUCGCUCGGAUUGAGUCCUCUAAGAGCUGAAAUGGUCACAUUAGGAGGGAGAAUUCGUAAUGUGAUUGUAUUAGCUGCUGAUCAUAAGGGUAAUAAUAGUACUAAUGAUGAGUCGCUUUUGUUCUUGAGAGAUGCUUUGAGGUCAAUAGUUCAACGUUCAAGUUAUGGUACUGGUGAACGGUCUAAAAGGCGAAGAAGAGUAUUAGGUCAAGAAACAAGAAAUUACUAGGGUACAA